GCGCGCUUCAGGCUGCUUGGGGAAUUCACUUUGCCGCGUGUACGCUUCAGGGUCCUCAGGAUUCUUCUGAUGGCUUUCUGUCUCCGGCCCGAUUCUUCCUUUUAAAAGGAAAACUUUACAGCCAUCUCCCUCUCCCCUUGGAGGAGAGGAUUAAAAGUUCCAAGAACUGGUCCGCCCGUGCCGCGCGGGCGCCGGGACGGUGUGUGCCGGCGGGGGUCUCGUCCCAUCAUGUGCACCAACAUAGUUUACGAGUGGCUGAAAGCGCUUCAGCUCCCGCAGUACGCGGAGUCCUUCGUGGAUAACGGCUACGAUGACCUGGAGGUGUGCAAGCAGAUCGGGGACCCGGACCUGGACGUCCCAUUGGCUGGCAUCCUAGAGUACUUAAUGAAUUGGCCGAAGUCAUCACAGAACCGCUAGAUAUCAUUUUUGAGAACUCGUGGAGGACUGAUGAGGUGCCUGAAGACUGGAAAAGGGCAUAUUUAGGACACCUUCUUUCAAAAAGGGAAAUGGAUGGUGACCCUGGAAAUACUCAUCAGCUUAAAUUUUGCUUGGAAAAAUUCUGGAAUAAUCAGUACACUGGGUAACUAACCUACACAUAGCUAGAAAUGAGGCAGUGAAAGAUCACACAUUAAGAAGUACUGAGUUCAUUUUUAAAGGACACAUCAUUGCGAGAUACAGUCUUAUGCAUAUUUUGGGAUUCUUCCCUCUAUUCUAUGAGCUCUUGAUGAAAAUAAAUUAGUUUGGCUAAGGUUUUUGGAAUUAAUUUUAAGUGUAACACUAGACAAGAAGCAGGUUUCUGGCAUUUGCUAGUAAUUACAUCAUUUUGAAAUUAACCUGUAACUUGAGAAUAGUAGCUUUAAUUUUGUAUUUUAACAUACUCUUUUUUUCUCUCUUUAUAUGGGACCAUGUUUUCAUAGGUUGGGAUGUUUAUAUAAUUCUAUAUAGGCUAGUUUGGUGAGGGAAUUCUUAUUUUAAGGUGCUUUCUAUGUUCAUUUCAUAUAUAUAGGUACAUUUAUAAAGCUGACUAAUUAAGGUACAUCACCAAAGGAAGCCGAUUUUUUCUAACUUUUUUUAAAAAAAUUAAUCUGGCUGAAGUUCAGUGUUAGGGCCCAUAGACUGUCCUGCUCUGACACACACUGAGCAAGAGCCAGCUCUGGGCCUUGGUGGCUGGUUUUCUUCAUUCGGCGGACACUGCCACGACCGGGGCCUCGCCUCACCCCACCCCACCCUGCUCCUCAGGUGCCUGACCUCAGGUCUGUGGGGGCAGGGAGGUGGGAGUUCAGAACCCGGACUACCCGCAGCCAAGAUGGAGAACAGAAUGAGGUGGGAGGAGGAAAUUAGGAUGGCUCUGGAGUUUUUCUGAUUCCUGUUGUUCUUGCCUUUGGAUAUUGGCAGUUUUAUUUUCUGCUGAGAAAAUGCAAACAUGUUGAUAGGACCAAAAAUUUAGUUAACAGGAGGUCAUCAAAAGAGAUAUAGAAUCAAAAGAGAUAUAGACAUGCAACAAGCUCUCGAGUCAGGCAGCUCCUGAGAGGAGCUGAGCAGAAUCUUCCCUGUGCUACUGAGAAGUAAGAGAUGCCGGUUUAUAGCAGCGUUGUGAUGCUCCAGAGUUGGAAACACUCAAAGGGAAAGAAACCUACAUUCAUUUCUUCCUGGUACGCACCUGGUCCCCAGGAAUGGGUAGGCAGGGAAGGGUGAUUUUAUCACAAUACUGCUUUAAAAAAUCUAAGGUUUACAUGGUUUAGCUACUUCUAGAGAUUAAUUUAGAUACUAGAUAAAUUCAGUCUCAUUCUUCACUCUAAAUUCCAGGAAAUUAAGCUCUAAAUGUUUGUACAAGUUUUCUUUUAAACAUACAUAGCUUGCAGUUUUAUAAGAAUUAUACUCCAAACUUCAAUCAUGGUUCUUCAAGUGAACUAGAGUCUUUAAAAUUAACAAGCUAUAUAUAUAUUUUUUAAAUUGAUUUUUAGAGAGAGAAGAAAGGAGAGGG